ACAACUUCAAAGAAGAGACGUCAGGAGUCUGGCAGCGGCACGCAUAAGGGCUUCGCUAACUUCACCUAACUCAUUUUUAUUUCAAUGGAAUUUCCGACUUAAUUUUCUGGACUUACACAACCGCAGAAAUGACUCUACCGUACUCCCAAAGCGUAAGGACACUGAAGACAGUGACCGUCGCGGAACCGAGCACACAGACUGUCUUCACAUCCACUCCUGUCGGGAUGAGCGAAGGUUCGUCGAUUUACCGAACGGUAAAUUUUGCGGAAGCUCAGCUACAGCCGGUCCAGUACAUUAACAGCCAAGUCGAGGCGGGAGCUCAGCUACAGCAGGUCCAGUACCUUAAUAGCCAAGUGGAGGCGGGAGCUCAGCUACAGCCGGUCCAGUACAUUAACAGCCAAGUGGAGGGGAACGUGAUGUACGGUGGUGCGCGUUACCUGGUGCCUGUGCAGCAGCGGCGGCCCGCGGAGUCAAUCAUGUACCUGAGUCAGGCGCCGCGCGUCAUGCAACCUGUGUACUUCCAGAACGUUCAGCCCGUCAGCGUCAGCAGCGUCGACGAAACCGAUGUCUACAGACAAGUAAACAUAAAUGGACAAACAUCUGUCUUCAGCCAGUUAUCCAGUCCAGUCAAGAGCCCUGAACCAUAUGAGUCGGAGUUGGUGGAGACUUCAAGCAUUCGAGAGGAAGUUGUGGACCUGAGAGAAAUAAAGAAUGGCCACUCUGAGAUUAAGACCGAGGUUAUCAAUGUGGAACCGGUUGCCAAGAUGGACAACCGCUUCUUUGGUGAGCUUCUUGCUGAAGUUUACCGCAAGAACUCAGAUAUUCACACCUGCAUCUCCGAGCAUGUGGCCAAGAUCCGCGGAAGGAAACACCUCCUGGACCCCACCAUUGACUACAAGGUGGAAAAAGAAGAAAUAGAGAGUGUCAUUCCUAAAGGAGUGUCUGAACUGACUAAGCAGCAAAUCCGCUACCUGCUGCAGACUCGUAUGACGGCUGAUAAAACCAUGCGUCUGUUGAUGGCCACCUUCAGCAGUCUGCGAGAGGAGCUAGUGCAUAUGCAGGACGAUCUCAGGCGUCUGGAGAGUGAGAAGGAGGAGCUGGAGAGAGAUCUGAGCUUCAAGGCAGAUCAGGCUCUGCAAUAUGACAGACUACUGGAGACCGUACGUGAGCACAACAGACAACUGCAGGCUGCUGUGAAGGAAAGUAAUAACACUCAGCGUACUCUAGAAAGUCAGCUACUGACCUUGCAGAGCAAAGACCCCAGCAAAGACUUCCGCAUUAAAGAACUGGAGGGCAGCAAGAGGGCCCUGGAGCAGGAGAACGAGCUGCUCAAGAAGAAGUUGGCAGGGCAGUGCAGUAGUUCCACUGUCCAAAUCAAAACACAGGAGCUGUCCAGAGAGUAUGAACAGAUGCUGAAAGAUCUACGAGAGGAGAAGGACAGAGAACUCAAGAAUAUGCGGACUCAGCUUGUAAAGAUCCAGACCGAGCGCACCAUUACACAGACCUCUGACAGCGGCUUGGAGAUGCGUAUCUCUGAGCUUCUGUCCAAACUAGAACAACAUGAAAGUGUCAUCAGACACCAGGAGGAGGAAAUCAGACGACUCAAACAGCAGAAGAUCGACAACUCCAGCAGUACAACGAGGACUGUCGUUACCAAGAGAUACAUGAACCAGUACCCUAUUCUGGGUCUGCUGAGUGAUGACUACCAGUACACACCACCCAUUAAAGAGGACAGGACUGUCGUCAUCGAGAGUACAGGGGUCACCUCGCGAGUCAUCUAGAUUGAAUGAACAGGAAGAAGAUUUAGAGGCCUCCCAGUUUUCCCCGUCCAAAUCUCAUUCUCUGCAUGCUGCCCUCUUUCCAGUGGCUCCUAUUGGUGAUGGUGGCACUGCCUUUUUAGUUUUUAUGCUUUGGAAUUGGAUAAUGCCGUAUGAAGUAAGAACUAAAACAGCAUUUAAUCACAGCUGACACAAAGUCUUUCAGAAGUAUCUUGUUUAUUACAAUACCAUGUGACUACUGAUAGUUAUUUUUAUAUUGUUGAGUCAUCUCUUCAUAUGAUGCACCACAACCUUUAGUAGCCUAGUCAAUACUACUGUAAGCAUGUAAAUAUUUGGAGAUGAAUGAUUUGCAAGUAUCGUAUACCUUGACUGGAAUAAAAGUUGAGUAUUGUCUGUAAUGUAAAAGGUGAUUGCUGGUUUUCUUGGUUUUCUUAUUCAUUUGGGUACAUUAAUUAUGCAAAUUGUAUUCUUUUUUUUUGUUUUUUUUGUUAUGUCACAGAGGUGAUCCUUUAUGUAGAAAAUUAUGCAUAUAUGUUAUAGUGGUCGACCGAUGCACGUUUUUCAAUGGCCCAUGCAGAUUGCAGGAUGACCCACUAUAUAGAAAUAUUAAAAGUUUUUAAAAGAUGCAUUUAUUUGAUGAAACAGUAAAAACAGAAA